UACAUCAUUGAAGUUUAUUGGGUUAUCCCGGAUACUAUCUAGGUACAAUCUAGAUUUUGAUAAAGACUAGUUGCUUAUCUGUAUAAGGAGAUAGUUGCCAAUAUAAAUACGAGUAGUAAACUGAAACAGACAUCAGCAAGUCUUCACUGACACGCGUCUAAACAAAUACUAUCAAAAUGAAAUACUUCUUCGUCAUCUCUCUGCUCGUCGCCGUGGCUUCGGCCCGUAUGGUCAAGCCUACAAACUCUGAGCUCGCCGAGCUUGAGGAGAUCAUCGCCGCCAUCAACAGCCCCAGCACCGACCCCGCCACCGCCGCCGCCCUCGAAGAGAUGCUCCUCGAUGCUCUGGGUAUCAAGCCUGAGCCUGUCCAAGUUGGACCCGCCGUCAUUGACGCCACCCACCCCAUCUCAAUUGGCCCCGCUAUCAUCGACUACCCUCUGCCCGAAGGUGCACUUGUUGAAGAGCCUAUCGUCCCCACCCCCGUUAUUGUUGCCCCCGCUCCCGCUGAGGAGGCUCCCGUCGCUCCCGCUGCUCCCGCCGCACCUCUAGUCCAGAUCAUCCUGAACAUCAACCAGGCCGCCGCUGAUGUUAGCCCCGUUGCUGUCGGUCCUGCUGUUACCCCUGUGCGUCCCACGCCCGUUGGCACUGUCCGUCCCACGCCUGAGGCUUCCCUGCCUGUUGGCCCUGCCAUCGACCGUCCUGUGCCUGAGGUCAGCCUACCUAUUCACCCCGUCGGUGGCGUGAAGCCCACCCAACCCAUCCUUGCUCCCCGUGCUUAAAUAAGAUGUGACGUGAUCAGUUUAUUUUAUCUAUAAAAUGUUAUACAUGAUUGAUACAAUAAAAGAGACUUGCAAAUUUUAA